ACCUGUAGGUACCCGAAAGAAAAGAAUACUGUGUGAUUUGCUGUGCAGUUUCAAGCCAUAGCUACACGAACUCUGUCAAAAAGACCUUGCUUUGGCGCGACCAUAUUACAGUACUUGAGCAACAGUUGAGCUGGUUUGUCGUGUUUUGUGAUCGUUUCUUGAUCGGUGCGCGCGCUCGUACCUCUUAAGCCCAUAAUAGUAAAUAACUGUGCAAGAACCCCGCCAACCAUGCAGCGAGCCGUUUCGAUUCUGGUUGUGGCCCUCGUGGCCACCAACGUAGCAUUAUUGAAUGUAGACGCCGUGAAGGUCGAUGUGUACUAUGAACAUCUGUGUCCGGAUAGCAUUCGGUGGGUGACCAACCAGCUGGCUCCCAACUACGAGGCCACGAAGGAUAUUAUAAAUAUCGAGUUCAUUCCGUUUGGAAAGUCGGUGAGUAUCAACGAUGGCGAAUCUUUCGAGUGUCAGCAUGGCCCGCUGGAGUGCGAGGGGAAUCGGAUUCAAUCCUGCAUACUGCAUCAUCUCCCUGAACAGGAUCGACAGGUUUCGUACGUGUCUUGCCAGAUGAAUUUCAAUGCUGAUCCACGUGGCUGGGAGUGUGCUUUCCGGUCUGGAGUGGAUCUAGUAGCGACACAGACGUGUGUAGAAGGCGACCUGGGAAGGCAGCUACAGCUAGAAGCCGAACGCCGCACUCAACAGAUUGCUCCGAGCUUUGUACCGACGAUAGUAUUUAAUGGGCACUUUGACCAAUCACUGCAGGAUCGCGCCCAAAGCGAUUUCUUGGGAAUCAUAUGUGAACUAAGCAAUAACGCUAUUGCCGCCUGUUAGUUGCCCUGAGCAUUGAUUGUAGAUGGAUGCCAUAUAUUUUAAAUCAUGGACACAUAGAAAUACAAUAUCUGACUUUUGAUAAA